AGAUCAUGGCGAACCACGCGUGGAUGCUGCGCCGCGUAGUUGCCGCGAUCGUGGUUGCCGGGGUUGCGGUGUCCGCGCAGGCGCCGCCGCCGCCGGUGACGAGCGCGCUGCUACAGCAGGUGGCGGGGGCGCUGCAGAUGUACGUGGACCCGCUGCCGCAGAUGGCCAAGAUCCGCGGCUACGGCUUCCAGCAGGGCCGCGUGGUGCCCGUCAACCUCACCAUCGGCAUGUUCCAGAAGAACUGGAAAUUCCACCGCGACCUGCCGGAGACGCCGGUGUUCGUGUACGGGCAGUGCGCCGACUCCGCCACAUUCCCGGGCCCGACGAUCGUCGCCCGCCACGACGUGCCGCUCGCGGUGACGUGGGAGAACCACCUCCCCGACCGCCACAUCCUGCCGUGGGACCCCACCGUGCCCACCGCCAUCCCCAGGAACGGCGGCGUCCCCACCGUCGUCCACCUCCACGGCAGCGCCCACCCGCCGCAGGCCGACGGCAGCGCCUUCGCCUGGUUCACCGCGGGGUUCCGCGAGACGGGGCCCGCGUGGACGCAGGCCACGUACCGGUACCCCAACGUGCAGCCGCCCGGCAACCUCUGGUACCACGACCACGCGCUCGGCCUCACCCGUGCCAACCUCCUCGCCGGCCUCCUCGGCGCCUACGUCAUCGAGAAGCCGGAGGUCGACGUGCCCAUGGACCUGCCCUGCGACGACGACGACCUCCACCUCGUCAUCGCGGACCGCAGCUUCAACGUCGACGGCUCGCUGUACAUGAACUCCACGGGCUCCGCACCGUCCGUCCACCCGCAGUGGCAGCCCGAGUACUUCGGCGAGGCCAUCACCGUGAACGGCAAGGCGUGGCCGUUCCUCGCCGUGCACCGCCGCCGCUACCGGUUCCGCAUCCUCAACGCCAGCAACGCACGCUACUUCAACGUCUCGCUCUCCAACGGCAUGCCCUUCCACGUCGUCGGCUCCGACGCGUCGUACCUCGCCGCGCCGGUCACCGUGUCCAGCCUCCUCAUCUCCCCGGCCGAGAUCUUCGACGUCGUCGUCGACUUCUCCAUGUCGCAGACGGCCGAGGUCGAGAUGCUCAACUCGGCGCCGUACCCGUUCCCGACCGGCACGGCGCCGGGGCCGCUCAAUGGCAAGGUGAUGAAGUUCGUGGUCGCCCCGAACGGGCCCCGCGACCCGCCGGACAACUCGACGGUGCCGGACAGCGAGGUGCCGUACGCGAACGUGGCGUCGCCGGGGCCGACGUCGGAGACGAGGUACAUCGCGAUGUACGAGUACCUGACGCCGUCCGGGCAGUCGACGCACCUCUACAUCAACGGGCUGCGGCUGGAGGACCCCGUGACGGAGACGCCGCGGUCGGGGACGACGGAGCUGUGGCACGUGAUCAACCUCACCGGCGACAACCACCCGCUGCACAUCCACCUGGGCAUGUUCCAGGCCGUCAAGAUGCAGCAGCUCCUCGACCUGCAGGCGUUCACCGACUGCAUGACCCAGGUCAACGACGCCGUCAGGUGCGGCGUGGACCGGCACGCGGUGGGGCCCGUGGUGCCGGUGCCGGACCACGAGAAGACGUGGAAGAACGUGGUGAAGGUGCCGCCGGGGUUCGUGACCACGGUGGUGGUGGCGUUCAAGCUGGUGGACACCAACCAGCCCUACCCCUUCGACGCCACGGCGGAGCCUGGAUACGUCUACCAUUGCCACAUCCUGGAUCACGAAGACAACGCCAUGAUCCGGCCACUGAAGCUGCUUCUGUGAAGAGACUUGCAAGACCCAAUGAGCCGGUGAUGAUUGAUGAAGAGGAGUUGUUGCCUGCGGAGGAAGGGGUCAGAAAUAUUCAUUUAUUGCGUUUACGAUUGCAUGAUUAUUUGUUUAAUAUGUAAAUUUUCAUUUUAUAAAUUGCUUUGUAAGCAUUUCCAUCAUACUGUUUCUAUCAUGCCAAUGAUUGGCAAGUACACGAAAAAA